CCAACGCUCAAGGCCCAACCUCUGUCAAGGAGGGGGACGUUUCGGAUUGUCUUGGUAAUGGCGGACACAUGUGGCCAAGUCCUCCUUGGGUCUGGACUGACAGUCCUUUCCCACCCUCUUAUGUACAUCAAGGUUUUAGUUCAGGUUGGACAUGAACCUCUUCCUCCUACUCUAGGCAGGAAUAUGUUUGGUCGACAAGUGUACCAGCUUCCAGGGCUCUUUGCAUAUGCCAAACACAUCAUCAAAAUCGAUGGGAAAUCAGGCCUGUUUAAGGGUCUCGCUCCAAGGCUUUGUGCUGGGACCAUUGGCACCAUUGUCCACAGUAAAGUCUUGCAGAAGUGCCAGGAGGAAAAAAUUGAGAUGGUGAAAAGCAGCCAGAAAGCAGAGGAUGGUUCUCUGCAACAUGUAGUAAAUGAGACCACUAAAGAGAUGAUUGCACGCUCAUGUGCUACAAUUGUCACGCACCCUUUACAUGUGAUCACUCUCAGAUGCAUGGUCCAAUUUAUUGGUAGAGAAGCCAAAUACAGUGGCGUCUUUGACUCCAUAGUUACCAUCUACAGGGAAGAGGGAAUGCUGGGUUUUUUUGCUGGCCUCAUUCCUCGUUUACUGGGUGAUGCUCUUUCCCUGUGGAUCUGCAACAUGCUUGCUCACUUCAUAAACACAUACACUAUAGAUGACUCGACGAGUCAUACAGGAGAGAUCAAGAACUGCUCUCAAGCUGUGACCGGGUUUUUUGCAAGUAUGCUGACGUAUCCAUUUGUAUUGGUGUCCAACCUGAUGGCAGUAAAUAACUGUGGGCUGGCUGGAGGUCUGCCACCUUAUGCUGCCAUUUAUCCCAACUGGCUCCACUGCUGGGGUCACCUGAGCCGAGAGGGCAACAUGAGCAGAGGCAACAGUCUGUUCUUCAGGAAGUUGCCUGCCGGGAAGAUGUAUGCCAUUGAGCAGAAGAGAUUUUUUUGAAUGAGAAGCUAUCAGCAUAGUCUAUAAUUAUGAUAAUAUAAUUGAGAUGACCCACAAAGUUGGACUCCAAAUCCUUCGUAUGCACUUGUUUAAGACGACAAACUUUUUUUGAUAAUCAGUCUGCAUCAGCCUCCAGGAUUAUUACUGUUAAUUUUAUCAGUACCUUUUCACUACAUUGUGAUUUGCAUUGAUUUGAAAACAUGAAGAGCUUUAUUUUAAUACCCAGGGAUUUGUAUACAUAACCAAGUAAAAUAAAUCGCAGUAUAAUUUCAGCGACGCACUUGAGGGCGCUCUUGAUUAUCUGUGCCCCUUAGAACUGUUUUAUUUUUUUGCUCGACCAUAAUGCUCGUCAGUAAUUAUAGAUCUGUGUUUGUCUCUACUGGUUCAUGCACUGACUGACUGACAGACAAGAAAUUAUCUGUCCUGUUAAUAACAGACUUACUUGUGUUUAUGUGAGAGGAAGUUUAUGCAACACUUUGAGCCACUGUAUUGUCUACCUGAUGUGUUUAGCAUAACUUUGCUGAGCUUGACCGUCACCUUGGUAAUUUUGACACAUAAGCCUCUGUGGCUUCAUAUCAGUGAGUGAGUUUUGGACAGUGUUUGGUGUGGAUGUCGACUUCCACCCACAUCUCCAUCAGAGCUUCAUUCCAGUCAGAAACAGUUGAAAUUUUUAUUUCUAACGACAUUCAAAUGGACCCAAAUAAAUGUGAGAAUGCUU